AUGAUUCUCCAAUCCUUAAGUUUCACUUGUUUGUACAUCCUGGCUGCGUGCAGCCCAGAACUCCUCAAACAGCAGGUUAAUUCUAGGAACUAUCCCUGCAGCAUCAAAAAGAAGAACUCUUCUGUUAUUGCUGACUGCCUAGCUUGUCGACUUCACUAUGUUCCUGACUUCAGGCUGGAGCAUAAUGUGUCAGAAAUAGAUCUUUCUUUCAACUUCAUCAUGAAUAUAACAAGUGAAUCGUUUGCAGGAUUGAUCAAUCUUACUAAGAUCAACUUGAACAGCAAUGCAAAUUCCCAGGUGGAGGAUGAGAAUAAUGACGCUAGUAAAAUUGGUAUGAACAUUACAAAUGGGGCCUUCCUUAACUUGACAAAUUUAAAGGAACUACAACUAGAAAACAACCGGCUACAAAAAAUGCCUCUUUCUUUGCCACCCUCCUUAUCAACACUCAGCCUUGUCCUAAAUAACAUUGACCACAUAACCAAAAAUAGCACUUCUGGACUUACUCAGUUGAAAAACCUCUUUUUAGGUUGGAACUGUUUUUAUGGCAAUGGAUGUAAAAAAGAAGUUUUAAUAGACAAUGGGGUCUUUGAAGACCUUGCCAAUUUGGCUGUGUUAUCAUUAUCUUUCAAUAACUUGUCCAGUGUGCCCACCAAGCUUCCUCCCUCUCUCACAGAACUUUACCUCAGCAAUAACAAUAUCAAAACUGUCAAUGAAGAUGAUUUUAAAGGUCUGGAAAAUUUAAUAGUUCUGGAUCUUAGUGGGAACUGUCCAAGGUGUUUCAAUAACCCAUACCCAUGUAAGCCCUGUGAAAAUGGUGCUUCCAUCCAAAUACAUCAAGAUGCCUUUAGGAAUCUAGGCCAACUAACCCAUUUGAAUCUUUCCUGCACUUCUCUCAAAAGCUUACCUGUUUCCUGGUUCAGCAAUAUGACAAAUCUAAAGGUGUUACUUCUUGAAUUUAAUUACUUAGUACGAGAAAUAGCCACUGGGGACUUUUUAACAAAAUUGCCCAAUUUAGAAAUUCUUGACUUCUCUUACAACUAUCUAAAAAAUAGCUAUCCACGGUAUAUUACUAUUUCUGGUAACUUCUCCACACUGCGGCAUCUCAAGACAAUACACCUUAAAGGUUAUGUGUUCCAGGAACUCAGGAAAGAGGAUUUUCAACCCCUAACAAAGCUUCCAGACCUACAGAUUAUCAACUUGGGUAUUAACUUUAUUAAUCACAUUAAUUUCACAUUAUUUGAAGAGUUUAGUAAUUUGAGUGUGAUUUAUUUGUCAGAAAACAGAAUCUCACCCCAGGUAACAAACAGCAUGAGUGAAAAGAGUAACUCUCUGUCAUUGUCUAAUCAUGUAAUUCAUCCACGUUCAAUUGAUACUGAUAAUGAACCAUUAGUUCAUAAUAUGAUAGACCCACAUAAAAACUUUUACCAUCAUACUUAUCCUUUAAUCAAGCCAGAGUGUACAUCUUAUGGAAAAGCCUUAGAUCUCAGCUUAAAUAGUAUUUUUUUUAUUAAUCACAACUUAUUUGAAAGUUUCCAUGACAUAGUCUGUCUGAAUUUAUCCUCCAAUGGUAAUGCACAAGUUUUAAACGGAAGUGAAUUUUCAUCUAUAAAUCGUACCAAAUAUUUGGACUUAUCUAGAAAUAGGCUGGACUUUGAUGACGAUGGUGCUUUUCAAGAAUUACAGGAAUUGGAGGUAUUAGACCUCAGUAAUAAUGAACAUUACUUCCGAAUAGCAGGGAUAACCCACCGACUGGGAUUUAUUCAAAAUUUAACCCAACUAAAAGUGUUAAACUUAAGCCAGAAUGGCAUUUUCACCUUAACUGAGAAUCAGCUGAUAAGCAAAUCCCUAAAGGAAUUGGUUUUCAAAGGCAAUCGCCUAGACAUCUUGUGGAAGAAGGAAGAUAAAAGCUACAUCGAGAUUUUUAAAAAACUCUACAACUUGACCCGGCUUGACCUGUCCUUCAACAGACUUCCCACAAUCCCAACUGAGGCAUUCCUUAAUCUACCUCGCAGCCUUGAGGAACUGAGGCUAAACAAUAACCAUCUGAGUGUCUUUAAUUGGACAUCUCUGCAAUAUUUUUACUCCCUCAGACUACUUGAUCUACAAUCUAAUUCACUAUCCAGUAUAACUCUCGAUAUAUCUAAUUCUUCAGUGCAGACCCUGUUGCUGGGGAAAAACAAAAUUUCAUACCUUCCUGAUGACUUAUUUUCUAAUGCUAAGGGACUUUACCAACUUGACUUAAGUUAUAACCACAUAAAAAUGAUCAACAAGUCAACAUUUCAUAUGAAUGCCUCAAAUCAUCUUAAGAUUUUAAACUUAAGAGGGAAUCCCUUUGCUUGUACCUGUGAAAUCGGGGAUUUUCGUAAAUGGAUAGAUGAAAAUCUUAAUGUCACAAUUCCUAGAUUGGUAGAUGUCACAUGUGCCACCCCUGGACACCAAACAGGUAAAAGCAUUAUGGAACUGGAGCUAACAACCUGUGUUUCAGAUCUUAUUGCCGCUAUCUUUUUUUCCUUCUCAUUUUUUAUUACAGUGACCACUAUGGUAAUGGCCACUUUUCAUCAUUUGUUCUAUUGGGACAUAUGGUAUAUUUACCACUUGUGCUCAGCAAAAAUAAAAGGUUAUAAGUCUAUUUCCACAUCCCAAACAUUCUAUGAUGCUUUUAUUGCUUAUGAUACCAAAGAUACUUGUGUUACUGACUGGGUAAUAAAUGAGCUCCGUUUUCAAUUGGAGGAAAGUGAAGAAAAGAAGGUUCUCCUUUGUCUAGAAGAGAGGGAUUGGGACCCUGGAAUAGCUAUUAUUGAUAACCUCAUGCAGAGCAUUAACCAAAGCAAAAAGACGAUAUUUGUCUUAACAAAAAAAUAUGCCAAAAACUGGAAUUUUAAAACUGCUUUUUACUUAGCCUUGCAGAGACUUAUGGAUGACAAUAUGGAUGUGAUCAUUUUUAUUCUCCUGGAGCCAGUGUUACAGCAUUCUCAGUAUCUGAGACUGCGGAGACGGAUUUGUAAAAGCUCUGUUCUCAAGUGGCCUGAUAAUCCAAAGGCAGAAGACUUGUUCUGGCAAAGUCUUAAAAAUGUGGUCUUAACGGACAAUGAUACAAGGUACAACAAUUUGUAUGUCAACUUCAUUAAAUAACACUAAACAAUGGACCUACUCCAAAGGAUAAGCAGAGAAAUAGUUGUACAGCUUCCCGGUAUGGUUUUAUGACACAGUUUGUUUUAGGAAGGAGUGUUUCAUGCAUUUUCUGCUACAUGGACUGCAAAACCACCAUUGUGAUUCCUAGUUUAUCAAUGAACACAUGAUAUGAUUGGACCAGGGUUCCCUUAUUUCCCUGCAAAAAAGAUUAGUUUUGUUACCACAGAGGCAACAAAGCUGUCUCUGGGACCUGUUCGACCCCUGCCUCUUAACACAGCUUCCUGGUCACAUUAAAGGCACAAAAAUAUCACCCUCAUGAGUUGGGGCCCUUUCAAUUUGGUAGUUGUAUGAAGACUACAUGAAUCAUCAUUCUGCCUUGAAGGACAGAUGCAUUUCCAUAUUGAGACAAAGGGGGAUGCAUCUACAUAACCUAAGUGCUAUUGUAUCUUUGUUACAUAGCCUUGCUGUAUAUUAGGGCAAAUU